AUGAUGACGGUUCGUAAUCUCUUGCUCGAGAUUUUGGGUGAAUCGGAUGUCUUCAACCCCAAUCUUGAAUAUCCGAAAUUCACAGUUGAAAAGUUUCAACACCAGUAUGUUUACAUUCGGAUCAGAAAUUUGCAUAAGUCUCAACCGAUUCACGUUCGUGUGAACAUUUGGGAUGAAAUCCACAUGGUGUUGAGCUUCGAGGUGAGGAAUCCCGUAAAUGGUAAUAACCAAUCGGGUUCCGCUCCCGGACAAUUGGCCUACUUUGGAGUUAAAAUGACAUCAAACGAGGUGGAAAAUGAAACGGAAACGGUGGUCAAAAAGGAGAAUUUGCCCUAUGGAGUCGAGUACGCGAAAACUGGAAGAAGUUCGUGCAAGAAAUGCAAGGAAAUCAUACCACAGGGCCACACUCGAAUGGCCAUCCGUCAGCCAAGCCAAUUCUUCGAUGGUCUACAAGAUAAUUGGCAUCACUACGCGUGCUUCUGGCGAGCCAUCAAAUCGAAUCCGAUCAACGAGCGCUCAAUUCGCGGAGUGGAUUGGCUUAAAUGGGAGGAUCAACAGAAGAUUCGUGAGUCGAUCAAGAAACACAUGGAGACGGUGGAUGGAGGAAGCUCAUCGGGACCAACGACGACAGCAAGUAACAGUCUCGUGCAACUCGCACAGGCAAAAGUCGAGUAUUCGAAGACAAACAGAGAGAUGCGCUCACUCAUCUCGUUUUGCCUCUUGGCUACGGUGUUUGCAGCGGUUUCGGCAAAAAUGCAAAAUGUUACGGUAACGGGAAUCACCGUUUGUCAGAAGAAACGCCAAGCGAAUGUCAAAGUUGAGUUAUGGGAUAGGGAUACACUCGAUCCAAAUGAUCUCCUCUCCACAAUCUACACGACUUCGGAGGGAGAGUUCACGAUCACGGGAGGAGAAGAUGAGGUUGGCAAAAUCGAGCCCUUCAUCCGGAUCACACACAGUUGCCACGCCAAUAAGGGAUGUCAACGAGUCGGCGACUAUGUGGUUCCUCAGGAUAAAAUCGAUGGCAUUUACGAUAUGACCUAUGUGACACUCGAUAUCAUUGUUUCCGGCGAGAAAGAGCGUUGC